AUGCCCCGCCCAAUUUGCUUCUUCGACGUCUCGAUCGGCCAAACCCCCGCCGGUCGAAUCAAGAUGGAAUUGUUCGACGACAUCUGUCCCAAGACAGCAGAAAACUUUCGACAGUUCUGCACGGGCGAGUUCAGGGAGAACAGCUUGCCUGUUGGGUACAAGAACAGCAUCUUUCACCGCGUGAUCCCUCACUUCAUGAUCCAAGGAGGAGACUUUAUCAAUGGCGACGGGACGGGGAGUCAGAGUAUCUACGGCGCCAAGUUCGCAGACGAGAACUUUGAGGUGGCGCACGACCAGGCCGGGUUGCUGAGUAUGGCCAACUCGGGCCCACACACGAACGGCUGCCAAUUCUUCAUCACGACCGAGCCCGCCCCAUUCCUCGACGGGAAGCACACGGUCUUUGGCAAGGUGUUGGGACAGGACAGUAUGCUUGUCGUGAGGAAGAUUGAGAACAUCGCGACGGGGCCGAACAAUAGGCCCAAGUUGCAGUGCACGAUCACCGAGUGUGGCGAGUUGUAG